AUGAAAUAUUGGCUACCGGCAGUACUUAUAUUUUCGGCUAAACAUCAAAAUCAGAGGAUAUACAUAUUUAAUGGUCUGGCCAGCCUUCCUACGAUAUGGCUGAAGGGAGUAACCGCAUUGUCGCGGACAAUAUCUCACAAGACAGGUAGUGAGGAGCACAACAAAAUAAAGUUUCGCUGUAUAUGGUGGAGUAUGCAAUGGAAGAACUUUAUCCAGCAAGAUAAUGGUGGGAAAAAAUACACAUGUGGCACCGUCCAAACGCGUGGACUUGGGCACAUCAAAAACCUUCACCGCCCCACUUAUAUAUUUGGUCCUUGCUGUGACCCAUACUAUAUAUAUCUAAACAUGGGCGCACACCUCAGUAGCCCACAGACUGAGAAGAAUUCAUCUUCUGGCGGCGACUUCAACAGUGACCUCACUCGUUUCGGCCAGACUGCUAUGCAGGGAUGGCGAGUGUCCAUGGAGGAUGCCCAUCUGGCUAUACCCAAUUUACCAAUUGAUCUUUGGGAGAUUAAGUCAAUAUCACUAUAUGGCGUUUUUGAUGGACACGGCGGGGCAUGUGUUAGCAACUGGAUUUCCGAUCAUUUCCCCAAGAUUUUCAAGUCACAAUUAGAUCUUUUGCAGCAUAAGUAUUCGAAUGGCCAACUGAAACUUAAGUCACAGGAAUCUAUAUCCCCACCGCAAGCACUCUUAGCUGAAGUUUUACAAUCUUCUUUUAUCCAGGUGGACGUGGAUUUGCUUAAACCCGAGGGGGAGGCGGAGUUGAGGGAAAUAAAUGAGAAGCUAAGAUCUUUGUCGGAGAAUGGCUUAAAGAGUGCAGAUAUAGAUUCAAAAAAUGGAUCAAAUCUUUUCAAAGUUUUUUUGCCGGAUGGCCUAAACAGACACCACACCUUACAAUUUUUGGAACAGCAUUUGGGCAGAUCAACUGCAGCAGCUUCUGACAGUACCCCCAAUACAUAUGGAGCUGAAGAAAGUAAUGAUUUAUAUGAGAGAUCCAGGACAAUAGACAGAGUCGGUACAGCUGGCGAUUCUUCAACUCAAGGGUUCUCAGAUCCUGACUACGAAGACUCAGAUCUUUCGGCGGAAGAUGAGUCUGCGGGCAUGGACGAGAUGCCAGAUGCUCAUUCUUCCCUGCCAUCAUCGUCCAUGCCUUCCGACUUUACAUAUUCUGACGACGGACUGGCGGCUGGUUGUGGUGCGGCCACGGUGGUAGCCGUUGUUGUAGGCGGUUCAAAUCCUUCUUUGAUCGUUGCGAAUGCUGGGGACUCGCGAGCAGUAUUGUCUAGAUCUGGGCGCGCUGUGCCCUUGACUCAUGAUCACAAACCUCAUCUACCAGAGGAAGCUCAGAGGAUAAAAUUGGCAGGGGGAGCGGUAACGAAUGGCAGGGUUGAUGGAAACCUCAACCUUAGUAGAUCAUUAGGGGAUUUAGCCUUCAAAAGGGACACUUGUUUACAACCACAUGAACAACGUAUAUCUGCUUUCCCCGAUGUAAGAGUGUGUCCCCUUAGCAGUCAAGAUGAGUUUGUGAUAAUUGCUUGUGAUGGUAUUUGGGAUUGCAAAACCAAUCAGGAGGCUGUCAACUUUGUACGGGACAAGAUAUCUGCUUGCGUCCCACUGUCUAGCAUAUGUGAGCAAUUGUGCGAUGCAUGUCUAUCAAGGAACCCGUCAGAAAACGAUGGUAUUGGAUGCGACAACAUGACUUGUGUUAUUGUGGAUUUGGCACCCGGAAUAAAAAAGGGAGAUCCGGGUACCACGGUACUCUACGGCUGGGAUUCGGACCCAUUUAUCAACCGUGAACUAUCCGAUCUCUCUGAUUGA